AUUCAUUUGAACUCUGCGCAGAAAAUGACGUCUUAAUACAUUAUUCAUUUGAGCUCUGAGCAGAAAAUCAAUUUCUGAAUAUUUCCUUUGACAAUCGAGAUUUGGGCAACUUCUUCCUUCACCUCCCUCGUAUCUAUUUUCUUUAGUACGUCAUCAAUGACCAAGUCCAAAUCGCGAUUGAUACUGAUAAGAUGAACAGAUCUCUAUAAGUAAAGGCAAGCACAUCGUCGCUCCCUGGAAUCAACGAGUAACGAUAAUGGCUGCAACUUAUGUUGAAGAAGUGCUUCCUCCGGUGUUGGAUUCUACUUCAGAACCUCCCAAACUCUUUGAUGGAACUACUAGGUUGUAUACCAAUUACCACUGCCCAUAUGCGCAGCGCGUAUGGAUAGUCAGGAACUACAAGGGUUUACAAGACGAGAUAAAAUUGGUUCCAAUUAACCUUCAGAACAGGCCUGCUUGGUACAAGGAGAAAGUAUAUCCCCCAAACAAGGUGCCUUCAUUGGAGCACAAUGGCAAAAUAAUUGGAGAGAGUUUGGAUUUGGUCAAAUACGUAGAUGCCAACUUCAAAGGACCAUCUUUGUUACCUGAUGAUCCCGCUAAAAAGGAAUUUGCUGAGGAGUUGAUAGCCUACUCCGGUACAUUUGUGGAUAAUGUGUAUGCAUCAUUCAGAGGAGACGACACCGUAAAGCAAGCAGGUUCUGAAUUUGAUUACUUGGAAACUGCCCUCCAUAAGUUUGAGGAUGGACAUUUCUUCCUUGGUCAAUUUAGUCAAGUAGAUGCUGUCUAUAUUCCAUUUGUCGAGAGAACUCGGCUCUUUCUCUACGAAGUGUGGAAAUAUGAUAUUACAUCAGGGAGACCAAAGUUAGCUAAAUGGAUUCAGGAAAUUAAUGAGAUUGAUGCUUACAAGCCAACAAUACCUGACCCUCAGCUUAUUGUGGAGAAAUAUAAAAUCCGUUUUCUGGGUCAAAAAUGAAGGAUGCUUAGAGAGGGAAGGGACAGUUUAUGUGGUCCAUAAAUAAGAUCGCAGCAUGUAUAUUUGUUGGCUCAGAAUUUGUAUUCAAUAAUUUCAAACUGUAUUUUCCUAAAAUUAUUUGACGAGUCUUUGUGAGUCGAAUUGUUAGCCACGCUGGUGGGAUAAGAUUACUUUCGUUUGGCUCUAUCUUACUCUGGCAGAUAUUAUAUCACUUUCAUUUAUUUGGCCCCUCCA